AUGGCCGGCAACUUCUUCCAGACCGCUCAAGAGAUCCGUGUCGAUGACGGACACUUCCUCCGCGGCCGCCUCCAGAGGGUCGACGGCGAGUGGGUCGAUGCCGAGAUCAACCUGAACGACCACCUCGGAAACAACAACGGUAUGUGUACCCUCACUUCAACGUUCCGUGAUACUCCUUCGACUAACGUGUCUGGUAAAGGCCACUUUGCAUGGGACAGUGCUGGUUUCGCCAACUCGGCCGAGGACAUCCGCCUCUCCAUCGAGGGUGAUGGCCCGGUCGCUGUCCUCCGUGCCCGCCUCCGCAACGAGAACGGCGAGUGGCAGGAUUCAGAUAUCAACCUGAGCGAGCGCCUGGGCAACAACAACGGUGGUUUCUACUGGUCAUAA